AUGAGAAACGCAGCAGUCUAUGCAGGCCUCCUGGCCACUAGCUUCUCUGCUCUUGGUCAUGCGAUGGUUAACCUCACCAUUCUUUCUUCCGUUGAAGAUGUUCAUGUUGGGGACCAUCUCCUGGUCGAGUGGGCUACCGAUCAAACUUAUUACCUUGACUUCAUUUUCGCCAAGAAGGAGAGGGCAGGCUGGUCUAUAGCCGAAACCCUCUUCGAAGACCGUCUUACGAAAGCUGGCCAGGGCAACAUUACCGUGGUCGUCCCCGAUGUUGAGUCCGGACGCGAGUAUGCGCUCUGGAUGUCAGGAAGUGAGAUUGACGAGCCUCUUGGCUGGUCCAGUCUUACCAAGUGGUUUGUGGUUGAUGGCCAGCACGGAGAUCUCAAAAUACAAGACACGGAUCGUAAGUAA